AUGAGAAACCACACACUGAUUACAGAGUUUGUGCUCUUGGGCAUAUCAGACAACCCAAAGCUUCAGGUUGUAAUUUUCAUCUUUUUUUUUAUGCCUUAUGUAUUAAGUGUUGCUGGAAACCUAACCAUCAUCAUCCUCACUUCCACAGACUGUCAUCUAAAGACUCCGACGUAUUACUUCCUCCGGAAUUUCUCCUUCUUAGAGAUUACAUUCACCAGUGUUUCUAUCCCCAGAUUUCUGGGGGCAAUCAUUACAAAAGUCAGGACCAUUUCCUAUAACAAUUGCUUGGCUCAGUUAUUUUUCUUCAUCUUCAUGUGUGUGUCUGAAUUCUUCCUUCUAACUGCCAUGUCUUAUGAUCGUUUUGUUGCCAUCUGCAAGCCUCUCCAUUAUACCACCAUCAUGAGCAAGAAAGUCUGCACCCUGCUUGUCUUUAGUUCUUGGCUGGGAGGAUUCCUUACCAUUUUCCCACCACUCAUGCUUAUCCGCCAGUUACAUUUCUGCACUUCCAAUGUAAUUGAUCACUUCUCUUGUGACUAUUUCCCCAUUUUACAACUCUCGUGCUCAGAUACGUGGCUUUUAGAGAUGAUUGGUUUUUACUUUGCUUUUGUGACUCUGCUCUUCAUGUUAGCAUUAGUGAUCCUGUCCUACAUGUGCAUUAUUAGCACCAUUCUGAGAAUCCCAUCAGCUUCUCAGAGGAAAAAAGCUUUCUCCACCUGUUCCUCUCACAUGAUUGUCAUCUCUAUCUCUUAUGGAAGCUGUAUAUUUAUAUAUGUCAAGCCUUCAGCAAAAGAAAGAGCUUCGUUGACCAAAGGAGUAGCUAUCCUCAACACUUCAAUUGCCCCCAUGUUAAACCCUUUUAUUUAUACCCUGAGGAACCAGCAAGUAAAACAAGCUUUCAAAAACUUGGUUCAUAAGGUAACAUUUUCUAGAAACAAAUGA